AUGGCGCCAACGCCGUCUGCCACCCCGGCAAAUAAGGCCAAGAAAAGAGCCAAGCUACAGAACUCACGGGUGAUGAAAGCUGAGAUCGCCGAUCCUAGUUUUGACAAGUAUCGGCGUCUCAAUAUCCCCGAUUUCAUCAAGGCCCGUGAGUUCGAGGUGCGCUCAUUUGAGAGGGCCCAGCUUAAAGUCAAGGCAUCACAGGUCGCCCGAGUGUUCCAGAAUCUACCACGUGUACUUCGACGAAGAACAGCCUCUCACAAUGUGAAGCGGAUCCCGAAGCGGCUUCGUAAUCGAGCUCUCAAUGAGAUGGCGAAAACGGCUAAAGGCGAGAAGCCCAAGGGUUCAAGCAAGGGACGUCUGUUACACAUGUACAAAUUGCGGAAACGGCUUUUGAAGUUUGGCGCAAAAUUGAAGCUUCUCCGACAGCUUCCACCCUACGUCCAUAGAUCUGGUCGCAAGGCCGGUUUGCGUCACCAAAUACGUGAUCUUAACCGCGAUAUCGCUGCCUUUGAAAAGCAUCGGUUGCGGAAAUACAAUAACAGAUGCGGUGCUUAUGAUAACUGUGCACUUAAUCAACUUGCGUUUCGACCCCGAGGGGCUUUCGGCUACAUGCAUCGUCAAAAAGAGUUCGUGUGGCUUCCAACUCAUGUGUGGCACGCCAAACGGUUCCACAUGGUGGGGAACAACGGGUACAAGAUUCCCUUGACUCCACUGCAAAAAUGCUACCGGAGCACGCACCGUAACGCUAAACAUAAGUGUGUUGCUAUGGACACCUCUUAUAAUGACGUGUUACUCGUCAAAAACGCUGAACCCCUCGAGUUCUUCCGUCGCCACACUAAAUACAACGAUGCCGUUCCCCCUUCAUUGUUGAACGGCAAGCGCAGUUACGUUGGCCCGUUGUACAUCAAGGAUCAACUCACAGCCAUGGGUGUGGUCCUUGUCAAUCACAGCAAAAUCAUGGUACGGGUACAUGCCCAAGAUUAUGACUACAUUUUCAAAAGUCUCAAAAAGUCAUACGCUAUCGAGGAUUGCCGAUACGCCAUUGGUAGUAUUGAUUUGAUGGGCCCCUUGGCGUUGCAGGAGCUUUCACAAAUCAUACACCCAGUACUGAAUGAUCCCUAUUGGGAGAGCAUUUGCAGUUUUACCGAUCACAGAACAAUUGCCGUUGGCACAACCUACACGCUAGACAUUCGCGACCCCCGUUUAUGGAAGCAGCCUCUGACCAAACCUACACCCCUGAAGGAGAGCGAUGCGGUCAAGAUCGUACGUGCUAAUGCUGAAGACCAUGUUACCCUGUCGCCAUUGUUCACCAGUCAUGGUCGGUCCAGAUCCUACGAAAACAUGCUUCCUGUGAAAGAGUUGGACAAGAAAUUCAGAGAGGCGGGUUCCAUGUCUAACUCAGUGUCUCAAGACAUCAUCUCGAAGACUUCUAUUCCCAUAGUUGUGAUCAAAACGACAGUAGGAUGGACUGUACUUAUUCCGUGGUACUGGGUGUUGCCAGUGUGGAUCAAACUUGUACGAUUGCCCAAAGUUCAUCCUAUUGGCUUUCAACAACUCUACCAGAUCAACUAUGAAAAUUUCAGACCCACUUACCCUUACGACUUCCCUUGGCUCGCCGCAGGGGCCAAAUACAAUUAUGCCAAUGGAUGGCUUUUAAAGUCAAAAUACCAAAUGAGGGAGAAGAAGUACAACAGAGACAGUCACGAGGAUUACGCCAACCCCGAUUUCAUGAACCCUUUCGAGUGCGAUUGGUCCAGUCUUCGAGCAUUGGUGUUUCUUAAACAACUUUACAAGUUAACUCCAGAAAAAUUGCUUGAAGGUGCCAAUCCAAACGUCGAAUUUGAUGAAAGUGAUAUCAAAAUUAAUGACUACAAGGACUUAAUGGUAGCCGUCACCCGAACUGGUAAUAAUGAAGGCCAAUUUCGAUGCACUACUACGAAAACAACAGACAUACCAAUUGUUAAAUGUUUUGGUGACAUACGCAAAACAAACCUCCCAAUCCAAUUGAUAGGCAUUACUUGCGACAAGGGUACGAUCACUGACCGUGCCAGAUUAUUUGUUGGCAAUCACCGUAACCUAUGCGAUAUUGUGGGCUUUGUGACGACAGGUAAUUUCAAUUUGGACAUUGGUCAUGCACUGGGUUUGGCAUAUGUUGUGGCAGGGACCGACAUCAACAAUCUAUAUGUUCGUAAUGUCGGGUGUUCCAACUUCUACCCAGUCACUGCCCGGAGUUUGACCAUGUUUUAG